UCCGCUUCUUCAUCUCCCCCCGCUCUGCGCGAUCUCCCAAUACGAAUCUGUUCCUCUUCUUUGGCCUCAAAACGCUAAUCCAAAGUGUUUGCUAUUUGGUGAUCGAGGUCCGGAGGCGCAGGAGGAGUUGUGGGAGGCGGCGGGAAGAUGACGCGGCGAUGCUUCCACUGCAGCCACGAUGGCCACAACUCCCGGACGUGCCCCAACCGCGGGGUGAAGCUCUUCGGCGUGCGGCUCACCGACGGAUCCAUCCGGAAGAGCGCCAGCAUGGGGAACCUCUCCCUUCUCGCUGGAUCCAGCGGCGGCGCGUCGCCCGCCGACGGUCCGGAGCCUGGCGGCGGUGGUGCCUCCGCGGACGGAUACGCGUCGGAGGAUUUCGUCAAGGGGUCUUCCGCGAGCUGCCGCGAGCGGAAGAAGGGUAAUCCGUGGACUGAAGAAGAGCAUAGAAGGUUUUUACUUGGCUUGCAAAAGCUCGGAAAAGGCGACUGGCGAGGCAUAUCUCGUAACUAUGUGGUUUCCAGGACACCUACUCAAGUGGCUAGCCAUGCACAAAAGUAUUUUAUUCGUAAAGCCAACAUGACAAGAAGAAAGAGAAGAUCAAGCCUCUUUGAUAUGGAACCUGAUGAGCCCCUUGAACCUCAACCGUUUCUGAUGAGUUUCCAAGAAUCAGAUGCACAAAAUAACAAGCCUCCUCCAAUACCUCCAACUCUGAAUGAGGAAUACGAAUCAAUGGACUCUAAUGACUCAAUAAUUGAAGCAGUUGUAUCACAACCAGAAGCUUCUCAGUGCAGCUAUCCUGUGAUACUUCCAGCUUAUUUUUCACCAUUUCUACAAUUUUCUUUCCCCAAUUGGUCAGGAAACAGAUCAGAUACCUCAGAGCAGCAGGCACAUGUAAUUAUUAAGCCAACACCAGUGCAUUCAACGACUGCCAUAAAUGUUGAUGAGCUUGUUGGUAUGUCAAAACUGAGUAUAGGAGAGUCUGCUGGAGAAAAAUCAUCUACAUUGGAUUUACUUGGAGGAUCAAAGCGGCAAUCUGCCUUCCAUGCUAAUCCAUCCACAAGGGCUCACACAUGACCCAAGUAUUUGGACAGGGUCAGCAAGUGAAGAUGCUGUGCUGCUGCCAAUGCAACCAUGUCCUCCGAAAGGACUUGUUUCCACCAGAACACAUUUGGAUCUAUGCAUUUCUAACCAUCUUUCUGCUUCUGCUGACCACAAGCCAUUCAUUUUUUGAGUCCAUAAAUAAUGUGCAGCUUCAAGUACUUAAAUAAUUUUCUUCAAUGGGAUAUCCAUCAGUCAGUCGGCUCCAUGGAAGAUCAACAAAAAUAUGUACAAUAUUCUUUUACAACAUGCCAGCAAACUGGAUGGUCUGGAUUGGUGAUCUGUGAUGGAUUUCAUACAUGUACUUGCACCUUUGCAUUAUUUUUUUGUAUGCAUUAUUUGCUGAAGACGGAUAUAACUUGUCUCUAGCAUUAAGGUCCAAAUUUAUUGGCUAGUGACGACUGGUACUGUGUUCUUUUUCGUGCUUAUUUACAUCUGGCGGGACCUUGUAUUCGGACACUUGAGUUAUCAAGAAUCUUGAUCAACAUGUUAUUGGUAUUUAGCCAAAUUCUAUGCCUUA